AUGUUAUUUUCAAGGUUGAUUUCCGUGUUGGCUGGAGCCGUGGUGCUCGUCCAAGGGCAAACUACUAAUGGCGCUACCAUACGUCCCAACCCUUCCAAUGGACAUUGGGUAGAUGCGUGGGCCAGUAUGCCGCAGCUCACGGAGCCCGCUAACCUGCCUCCAGCGCCAUUUAACCAAACUGGUGCCGUCUUCGUCAACUCCACGGUUCGGCAGACACUGUACAUGACGACAGAAGCUUCACAGAUACGCAUCAAGAUCUCGAACGUCUUCGGAGGCUCCAAUUUACCCAUCGCAGCAGUCACAGUUGCUCUGCCUGCCAACAACACAGCAGGCAUUCACCAAAUCCAGGCCAAGACCUUGCAGAAAGUCACCUUCUCCGGCAAAGACUCAAUCAGCAUCCCCAACGGAGCACUAGCCGUCUCCGACCCGCUCAACUUCCCCAUCAAAGCUCAGCAAGUCAUCACAGUGACCGCGUACCUCGCAGCCGGCCAAACGACGAAUUCCAUCACCAGCCACCCUGGAAGCAGAACAACCAGCUGGUGGCAGUUCGGCAACGCCGUUAAUGCUGCACAACUUGCCAUUACAGACCCCACCACCCAGUCAGCAGCACACUGGUACUUCCUUUCCAGCAUCGAAGCAUGGGUGCCAAAAAGGACUGGAAGUCUGUUGAUUGUAGGAGACUCGAUCACCGAUGGUCGCGGCUCGGAUACGAACAAGAAUAACCGCUGGCCUGAUCUUCUGCUCGCCCGCCUUCAGAAGGACGCUGCUACGAAGCAUAUCUCCAUUGGCAACCUUGCUGCAGGUGGAAAUCGCAUCCUGGCUGAUGGUCUGGGUCCGAAUGCUUUUGGGCGCAUUGAUCGUGAUGUACUUGCCCAUCCGGGUGUGAAGUACGCAAUGGUUUUUGAGGGCGUGAAUGAUAUUGGCGGUGCACCGGCGACUGUGGAUGCGCAGAACGCUGUGUACAACUCGCUCAUUCAGGCUUACAAGCAGAUGGCAACUUUGAUCCGCGCACAUGGUAUCCCCGCCUUUGGUGCAACGAUAACUCCAUUCUCUGCGCCGAGUAACUUUACUGGGCAGCCGUACUCGAGCCCUGUUAGGGAGGCGACGAGGCAAAAGAUCAAUGACUUCAUCCGCAAUUCUGGAACGUUUGAUGCGGUUGCAGACUUCGAUAACUUCCUUGCUGAUCCGAAGAUUCCGAGUCAACUUGCUCCUCAAUAUGAUUCGGGUGACUACUUGCACCCAGGCGUUGUAGGAUACCAGCAUUUGGCGAAUGAGUUCCCUGUGGAGAUCUUUGUGGAGUGGGAGGGUGGUGUUAAUGGGUUUACCUAG